CAGCGCCAAAAAAUCCGAUCGAACCGAUCCCAGCCUAUUCUUUCAUUCAGUUAUUCCUUUCCUUCCUUCCUCCUGACGAACCAAGGGCCAAACCCUGUGGAUCAAGUGGAUCGAGUUGACCAGAGUUCCCACCGCUAAUCGUGAGGGAUUGAUGACCACCCAAGUCAAUUAGCCCGCAUCUCUCCCGCUCCGCCCUCGCUCCGCCCGGCCAUGACAUCCGACGACACGGCGGCCAUCGCGGCCCUACUCGGAGCCUGGAUUUGGGACGAGAACCGCGUGGUCACGGCCAAAAUUUUAGCUCGGCAUCGUCCCAUCCACAUUAAUACGGCUAAGCGCCAUUUGGCUCAUUUCGCCCAACAAGCCACGGCACCCUUGGACGUCAUCUACGGGCUUAGUGGGCGGGUCCAGAACCGUCGGACCGUGGCUUGGGUGAGCUCGGCCGAUUUAGCCCGGGCCCAAGCCGCUUUUCAGCCUUUGACGUCCCAGUAUGUCGAGGCUGUGGGCCGGGCCGGCCUGAUCACGCCCCACGGCUUGUUCACGGCCAACCGGCACGCCAUCCACGCUCAACCCCAUCUUAAUACGUAUGCGGCCAUUCAUGAUCGUCGCUGCGUGCCCCGGGCUAGCCCCAUCCUCCCAUCCUCCGUGGUCAGCCCAACUGAACCUCCGACUCGCCAACCAUCGGCCGUGGCGGGAGUUGCCCAGGCCAGCCUGACCCCGGCCGUAAGUUCACCGGCCGGUUCCAGCUCGGUGGCCCCGGCCGGCCCGAAGCAUCGCGGCCGGAUUGCCGGCCUGUUUGCCCAGGCGGCCCGCGCCCCCCGCGCCCCGCCCCCUGUCCCACCUCCCGACUCCGCCGCCGAGGAAUUGAGCCCGGGACAGGAGAAUCGGCUCAAUGAAGCGCGCGAAGCUCAGAAGGUGUCGCCCGAGCCCGCUCCCACCCGAAGCCAAAAACGCGGGCCUCAAAAGUCGCGCCCUGCCACGGCCAGUCAAUCCAAACGGCGACGGAUAAAGGUCAUGUCCGAUUCGGACUCGAGUGAGGCUGAGGUCGAGCCGGAACCCGUGGAAUUGGCAGAAAUGCCCGCCCCGCCGCAGGCUCGUCUAAUCGAGUCCGACGAUGACGACGAACUGAUCCCGCCCACGCCUGAACCCAAAUCCCUGUCACAACCGGCCACCACUCGAUCCACCGCCCCCGGCCGCCGCCGUGUCAGGAGAUUGGUCAAUCAGACCUUUACCGACGAUCAAGGGUUCACGGUUACCAAGAAGGCCAUGGAGUCGGCGAGUGAGACGGAUGACGAGACAUCGCCCAACCCUUCAGCCAAUUCCAAGGAUCGACCUGUGCUCCAACCUAAAAAUAAACAGGCCCCCAAGAGCGUGGUUCACGAACCGGGGAAAGUGAAACAAGCUAGCAUCAUGAACUUUUUCCAGAAAAAAACGCCAAAGUAGGUCAGGAAAGUCAUGCCAGGGCUAAAUAUACUUUUACAAUAAACAACUAUCAAAUUCAAAAUA